AACUUUCUACCCCACUCAGAAAUCUCCAAUUCAAAUAUGCAGAAACCGCUCGAAAAAAAAUAAAUUCCUAAAACCCUAAAACUUCGAUCAAAUUGGAAAAGAAUUGCUUGUAUCUAAUCAAUGGCGAAUCUUCCGAUCGUGCAAUUCGAAAAGAAAAUCAUUGAAACAGUGGAACAGAAUCCAGUGGUGGUUAUAAUAGGAGAGACCGGUUCCGGAAAGAGCACUCAGCUCUCUCAGAUGCUUCACCGAAAAGGCUACACCGAUUCCGGAAUCGUCGCCGUCACUCAGCCCCGCCGCGUCGCCGCCGUCUCCGUUUCCAGGCGAGUUGCGCAGGAGCUUGGUGUUAGGCUUGGGGAAGAAGUAGGUUACGCCAUCCGGUUUGAGGAUAGGACUUCGGAAAGAACGCAAAUCAAAUACCUUACUGAUGGAGUGCUCCUUCGUGAAAGUCUGUCAAAUCCUGAACUGAAUCAGUAUUCUGUUAUUAUUUUGGAUGAAGCUCAUGAGAGAAGUCUGAACACUUCAUUUCUUAGGGAUAUUUUGCUGGGGUUGAUGAAACGCUUGGUUGGAAGUCGUGCCUCCAAUUUAAAAGUUCUGAUCACAUCAGCAACCCUUGAUGGUGAAAAAGUGUCUAAGUUCUUUUCAGAUUGUCCCUUAUUGACUGUCCCUGGAAAAUUGUUUCCUGUCGAAAUAUUCUACAGCAAGGAACGCCCUACAAGCUAUGUUGAGUCUUCAUUAAAAACAGCUCUUGAUAUACAUGUUCGGGAACCAGAGGGUGAUGUCUUAAUUUUCAUGACUGGACAGGAUGAUAUAGAGAAGUUGGUAUUGAAGCUGGAGGAUAAAGUUCGAAGUCUAGAGGAAGGGUCCUGCAUGGAUGCCAUAAUCCUUCCUCUCCAUGGUUCCUUGCCACCUGAAAUGCAGGUGCGUGUAUUCAGUCCUCCACCUCCAAACUGUAGGCGUUUUAUUGUUGCCACAAACAUAGCUGAAACUUCUUUGACAGUUGAUGGUGUUGUGUAUGUUAUUGAUUCUGGUUAUGUAAAGCAACGGCAAUACAACCCAGCAACUGGAAUGUAUUCCCUUGAUGUUGUUCAAGUUAGCAAGGUACAAGCUAAUCAACGUGCUGGACGAGCUGGAAGAACACGUCCUGGGAAGUGCUACCGGUUAUACCCAUCCAGGGUUUACAAUGAUGAAUUCCUUGAUGUAACAGUUCCUGAAAUACAGCGAUCUUCUCUUGCUGGCACUGUUCUUUAUCUAAAGUCAUUGGAUCUCCCUGAUAUCGAUAUUCUAAAGUUUGAUUUUCUCGAUCCGCCUUCUACUGAGUCAUUAGAAGAUGCUUUAAAGCAACUAUAUCUGAUUGAUGCUAUUGAUGAAAAUGGAUCAAUCACAAGUGUUGGGCGAACAAUGGCUGAGCUCCCAUUGGAACCCUCACUUUCAAGAACCUUAAUUGAGGCAAAUGAAUAUGGUUGCUUGUCCCAGGCUCUGACCGUUGCUGCAAUGUUAUCAGCAGAAACAAAUUUGCUUCCCAAUCGAAGCAAGAGUAAUGAAAAGAAAAGGAAACACCCUCCUUUGGACCUUCCUGACGGUUCUGGUUUUGGUGAUCACAUUCAGUUGUUACAGAUCUUUGAAUGCUGGGAUGAAAAUGACUAUGAUAUUGGCUGGUGCAAAUAUUAUGACUUGCAGGUGCGAGGAAUGCUGUUUGUCAAAGAAGUUCGAAAGCAGUUAUCUCAGAUAAUGCAGAAGAUAGCAAAGGGGUCAUCAGAUGUGCAAGCUAAUCAAAGUCGGAAAGGACACCAGAAUUAUAGGAAUUUGAGGAAGGCUUUGUGCAUAGGCUAUGCAAGUCAGCUUGCUGAGCGGAUGAGGCAUCAUAAUGGCUAUCGAACGCUGGGUUUUAAGUCCCAACUAGUGCAGGUGCAUCCUUCCUCUGUGCUACAGCCAGAUGACGAUGGAUUAUAUGGAAGUUAUGUUGUCUACCACGAACUUAUUUCUACCUCACGCCCAUACAUGCGCAAUGUGUGUGCUGUAGAGAGGCAAUGGGUUAUGCCGAUUUUAGAUAAGCUUGAGAAACUUAAUGUCAGUAAAUUAAGUGGUGGUGGAUUGGGUCAGGUAGAAGAGGGAACUGAGGGAAGCAUGUCAGAGUUGCCAAAAAGGGAAGCUGAAGUUGUUACAGUUCCUCAAGAGCGUGAGAGUAAAAUUCAGGCAGCUAGGGAACGUUUUCUUGCUCGCAAGGCAAAAAAUUGAGCUUGUAUAAUUAUGUUGACGCUUAGCAGACCGGCAAAGUGCUGCUUAUUUACUCAUGGGGCUGGCCUGCGAAUUUGGAAAAAAGCCGACGAGACUGAGAAUCAUGUAUGCUUUCUCUUCCCACUAUCAAUUCCUUUGCGCGUUCCUAAUGGCAUGUGAACCUUUUCUAUGAUUUGAUGCUCACACAGGCUUUGCUAAACGAGUGUUUGGAAUACAGUAUGCUGCUGGAGGCAAGCUACAUUUAUUUGAUUAUUCGGGUGAACUUGCAAAUUUCGUUCCUUCCCUACACGAAAUCAUAAGGGUUUGGAUCAGUUGAUGUUGAGAUGACUAGUGUUGAUAUAAUUCUUAAUUAAUAUAGCUUAUAAGUGGAAAAAGAUUCUUGCCUUCACAGAUGAAAUAGAGAUGGGAUUAAGGCUUAAUUGCCCUGACCCAAUUGUCAAAUUAGCCAUUCUAUCUCUUUUCUCAUAUGGAAUUUGUA